GAAGCCCCAGGCGCCCGAGCCCCCGCCGCCGCCAAGCCUGGAGGCGGGAGCGGGUGCAGGCCCCCCAGAGGCACCGGCGGAGCCCGAUCGCGACGGCCCCAGGGAGGACGACGAACCCAACCUGGUGCCCGGCCCGCAGGUAGGAGCGAGCGAGGCGACUUCGGCAGCCCGGGCGCUUUCACCUCCCCCGAGCGGGAGCGGGAGUGGGGCGGGGUUGGGGAUGGGCCAUCCUGCCGCGGCUGGGGCAGCAGCCUUCCCCUGGGUCCGGCGCCGAAGCUUUCUCCCCCGGGGCGGGAAUGGAGGCUGGACCCCUCUCCCCAAAGCCGAGGCUCGGUCCGCGCUCCUGCGACUAGGCUGAAGCUGCUCCCCUCUCCCCGCCGCCUCCGGGCUGGAGCAGAGACUAACGUCUGGCCGUACACCCACACUGGGACUGGGCUGUGAUCCCGAGGCCGCAGCUUCUCUCUCGGCCCGCCACCUCCCCCUGGGCCCACCUGCUCCCUCAGCCACAGGCCAUCUCGGGGCUCUGGGACUGGACGGCUGCAGCCUCUUCCCUCUCCCCUCGGGAACGGCUCCACUCCGUCCCCUGCACCGCCUGCAACCGCGGCCCCCUCAGCAGCUGUGUCUCCUGGCACCUCCUCGCCAUACCCAGCAGAGCAGUCGGAGCAGACAGCCAGGCUGCCCGGAAGAGUUUUUGGUGGGGUUUCUGCACGGAGGUGGAAACCCAGCAGAACCUGCCCUUUCUCCCUUCCCCUGCCCCGCAAGGCAGCCCGCCCCGACCCUGAGAUCCCGGGUUUGGAGAUUCCUGCUGAGAGUGAACAGUAGGAGGAUUCUCCAAAGCUUCCAGCUUGCCACCUGGAGGAAGGUCACUUUCUUUUGAGCAAAGGAGAUAAUGGGAGGUACCCUGCCAGUGUUCACUGAGAGGCGGCGGUGACAUGGGCCACGGUUGCUCUGGGAGGGUUGUGGCACUCGGGGCUGGGUGGCUCUCCCUAAGCUUGCUCUGACAAAAGAGUUUUGAGUUGGUCUUUUGGCUGAGCCUGCCCAGGAAGGCAGGCUCCUGCAGGAGUCUUGGAGGGUCGGAUGCGGCGCCGGAUGAGGAUGAGGCGUGGCGGAAGAUGCGUUUGGCUCUGCAGACACUGCAUCGGGCAGCAGGGGACUCUGGGAGGCUGGUGCAGCCAGAAGGCAUGGCUCUUGACAGCCUUCUAGUAGAAUCUCUGGAAUUGUGCAUCCCCAAAGAAGGGAAACAAACUGGUAAAUUCGGUUCUGAUGAUGCCCCACUUUGACCAGGGGUGGGGUCUGGAAGCAGGCUUUUGUGCCCUGGUGCAAAGCACCUAGUAGAAAGGGCAGAAGAGGAAAGAAACUAACGGGUAUUGAGCACCUACUUUGUGCCAGGCCCAGGCCAGGAAGCAGUAAUUUCAAGCAGUGUCUCAUUGGACUGCCUGACAGCUGCAUUGCCAUGGGGACACCUAGCAAAUCUGAGUUCUCUACCACAUGCCCAGCUGAGCCCAUGCCUCAAGCCAGGCCCUGUACUGCUCCAUGAGGGAUCCAGACAGGAAUCAGACCUGGCACCUGCCUCUUGUAGAAGGGACAGAAGAUACAGGUCCCCCCCGCCUCCAGCCAGCCUGUGCAGACUUGCUGCCUGCUGUGUCACCGGGAACGCAAAGGCUGGGAAGAAGGCCCUUCUCAAAAUGGACUGGUGUUGCAGGGUGAGAAGCUGCCCCCUGACUUCAUGCCAAAGCUCGUCAAGAAUCUCCUAGGCGAGAUGCCUCUGUGGGUCUGCCAGAGUUGCCGAAAGAGCAUGGAGGAAGAUGAAAGGCAGACAGGUCGAGAACAUGCAGUGGCGAUCUCCUUGUCACACACAUCCUGCAAAUCACAGUCUUGUGGAGAUGACUCUCAUUCGUCCUCGUCUUCCUCUUCAUCAUCCUCAUCCUCGUCCUCUUCUUCCUGCCCUGGGAACUCAGGAGACUGGGAUCCUAGCUCGUUCCUGUCAGCACAUAAGCUCUCAGGCCUCUGGAAUUCCGCACAUUCCAGUGAGGCCAUGCCAGGCAGCUCUCUUGGGAGUCCUCCUACCAUCCCCGGUGAGGCUUUCCCCAUCUCGGAGCACCACCAGCACUCAGACCUCACUGCUCCCCCUAACAGCCCCACCGGCCACCACCCCCAGCCAGCAUCUCUAAUCCCGUCUCACCCCAGCUCCUUUGGCUCCCCGCCCCACCCACACCUGCUGCCCACCACCCCGGCAGCACCUUUCCCUGCCCAGGCUUCAGAGUGCCCUGUUGCUGCUGCCACCGCCCCCCAUACUCCAGGGCCAUGUCAGAGCUCCCAUCUGCCCUCCACCAGCAUGCCACUCCUGAAGAUGCCCCCACCAUUCUCGGGGUGCAGCCACCCCUGCAGCGGGCACUGUGGUGAGCACUGCAGCGGGCCUCUCCUCCCACCCCCGAGCUCUCAGCCACCCCCUAGCACUCACAGGGAUCCCGGGUGCAAGGGGCACAAGUUUGCACACAGUGGCCUGGCUUGCCAGCUGCCCCAGCCCUGCGAGGCAGAUGAGGGGCUGGGUGAGGAAGAGGAUAGCAGCUCUGAGCGAAGCUCCUGCACCUCGUCCUCCACCCACCAGAGAGAUGGGAAGUUCUGUGACUGCUGCUACUGUGAGUUCUUCGGCCACAAUGCGCCGCCCGCUGCCCCGACGAGUCGGAACUAUACUGAGAUCCGGGAGAAGCUCCGCUCGAGGCUGACCAGGCGGAAAGAGGAGCUGCCCAUGAAGGGGGGCGCCCUGGGCGGGAUCCCUGGGGAGCCCGCCGUGGACCACCGAGAUGUGGAUGAGCUGCUGGAAUUCAUCAACAGCACGGAGCCCAAAGUCCCCAACAGCGCCAGGGCCGCCAAGCGGGCCCGGCACAAGCUGAAAAAGAAGACCCACUCAAACACCACAGCCCUGGGUUCCACCCUAGCCUGGCUCUCCCUUUCUACAGCUCAAGAAAAGCACGGCCUGGCCUGCUGCCUCACAGCCUCAAUGGUCGAUGAGUCCACUGAGACUGGGGUUCUGGGUGAACAAGCUGUAAAAACCCUACCCUCUGUGGGUAUGACUGUGCCCCUGCCCCCAGGACAUGCACCUGUCUGGCUGCAGUUUGCUGUCACUCCUGCAGGGUGGGAAAAGGAGAAGGCCCAGUUGGCAGCAGAAGCUCUAAAGCAGGCGAAUCGUGUUUCUGGAAGCCGGGAGCAAAGGCCUGCCAGGGAGAGGCUCUUGGAGUGGCCCGACCGGGAACUAGAUCGGGUCAACAGCUUCCUGAGCAGCCGUCUGCAGGAGAUCAAAAACACUGUCAAAGACUCCAUCCGUGCCAGCUUCAGUGUGUGUGAGCUCAGCAUGGACAGCAAUGGCUUCUCUAAGGAGGGGGCUGCUGAACCCGAGCCUCAGAGUCUGCCCCCAUCAAACCUCAGUGGCUCCUCAGAGCAGCAGCCUGACAUCAACCUUGACCUGUCCCCUUUGACUUUGGGCUCCCCUCAGAACCACACGUUACAAGCUCCAGGCGAGCCAGCCCCACCAUGGGCAGAAAUGAGAGGCCCCCACCCACCAUGGACAGAGGUGAGGGGGCCCCCUCCCGGUAUCGCUCCCGAGAACGGGCUCGUGAGGAGACUCAACACCGUGCCCAACCUGUCCCGGGUGAUCUGGGUCAAGACACCCAAGCCGGGCUACCCCAGCUCCAAGGAGCCAAGCUCAAAGGAAGUUCCCAGUUGCAAGCAGGAGCUGCCUGAGCCUGUGUCCUCAGGUGGGAAGCCGCGGAAGGGCAAGAGGCAGGGCAGUCAGGCCAAGAAGAGCGAGGCAAGCCCAGCCCCCCGGCCCCCAGCCAGCCUAGAGGUUCCCAGUGCCAAGGGCCAGGUUGCUGGCCCCAAGCAGCCAGGCAAGGUCCUAGAGCCUCCCAAAGUAGGCAGCUGUUCCGAGGCUGGAGAGGGGAGCCGGGGGAGCCGGCCAGGACCAGGUUGGGCUGGCAGCCCCAAAACUGAGAAGGAGAAGGGCAGCUCCUGGCGAAACUGGCCAGGCGAGGCCAAGGCACGGCCUCAGGAGCAGGAGUCUGUGCAGCCCCCAGGCCCAGCAAGGCCACAGAGCUUGCCCCAGGGCAAGGGCCGCAGCCGCCGGAGCCGCAACAAGCAGGAGAAGCCAGCCUCCUCCUUGGACGAUGUGUUCCUGCCCAAGGACAUGGACGGGGUGGAGAUGGAUGAGACUGACCGAGAGGUGGAGUACUUUAAGAGGUUCUGUUUGGAUUCUGCAAAGCAGACUCGUCAGAAAGUUGCUGUGAACUGGACCAACUUCAGCCUCAAGAAAACCACUCCCAGCACAGCUCAGUGAGGCCCUGCCCAGGCUGAGCUUCUUCAGGGUGUCCUGAGGCCCCGACUGCCAGCUGAAGGCCUACAGUUUUUCCGUGUGCCCCACCUACCCGCCCAAGACCUUCUCUGCUCCCCACCAUCCUGGACCAACCAAAAGCUGAACGGAUGCCACACUGUGCUGGGGCCCCUUGACCUCAGCAGAGCCGCUUCCUGGUGCUACGCAGCCUCCACACUCAGAGCCCGUGGACUGGGCUGGCCUAAGGGCCGGGGCUGAUGGUACUGCUAGCCCAACACUGCUCUCUUUGUGUUCGGUUUUUUUGUUUUUGUUUUUAUUUUAUUUUUUUCCAAUUCUUUACUUUUGAUACUGUGAAGAUCUUUCAUGCCGAAAGAUAAAGCAACAUUUGGACACAGA